AUGACUGCAUCUCCCCUCAGACGUUCAUUGCCUCCUCACAUGGUCAUCGAGACAAACGGAAGCUCAUACCAUAACAGCGACCACUUUGGCGCCCAAAAGCCAUGGCUUGUCCAAAAGUUUGGCGGCACCAGCAUCGGAAAGUUCAUCGAGACCAUCGCUGGCACCAUCGUGCAAUUGCUCAAGGCAGCCGCAUCCGCAUUGGUCCCUGGAUCCAUUGAGUUUAUUGAGACAGUACAAGAGAUCCGCCUGGACCACCUUGAUACCUGCAAGAAGCACAUUUCCGACGCCGACAUCUUGAAGCGUGUGCAGGACGAGAUCAACCAGGACUGCGAUCGCCUCAGGGCGUUCUUGGAGGCAGCCCAGAUUAUUGAGGAGAUUUCGCCAAGAUCCAAAGAUAUCAUUAUGGCAGUAGGCGAAAAACUAUCGUGCAGAAUCGUCGCUGCCCUACUGGAGGACCGCGGCGUAGAAACGCAAUUUGUCAGUCUGGAGAAUGUGAUCGAAGCCGUCUUUGAUGUCAACUGUCUCGACCAAAACUUUUACGACUACCUUUCCCGCGCCUUUGCUGCAGCUGUCUCCAAGUGUGGUCACCGUGUUCCAGUUGUCACAGGCUUUUUUGGUUCGGUGCCCGGUAGUUUAUUGACAAGCAUCGGUCGAGGCUACACCGAUUUGGCCGCCGCCUUGAUCGCCGUCGGAUUGGACGCAGAGGAACUCCAAGUUUGGAAGGAGGUGGACGGUAUCUUCACCGCAGAUCCCCGCAAGGUUAAGGAUGCAAGGUUACUCAACAUCAUCACACCCGAGGAAGCCUCCGAGUUAACCUAUUACGGCUCAGAGGUUAUUCAUCCUUUUACCAUGGAGCAGGUGAUCCGUGCCCAGAUCCCUAUUCGCAUCAAGAACGUGAUGAACCCCCAGGGCUCGGGCACUAUCAUCUUCCCAGACCAGCCCUCUGGCGUGUGCACACCCAAUGGAAGGAAUACACCUCCACCUUCGUCCAAGGUGUUACUUGAAAACGGCUAUCAACUGGAUCUCUCGCGGCGGCAUCCUACCGCUGUUACCAUCAAGGACAACGUGUGGGUCCUCAACAUCCACUCCAACCGCAAGUCCGUCUCUCAUGGCUUUUUCGCUCAGAUCUUCGGCACUCUAGAUCGGUAUGGGAUCGCGGUUGAUCUGAUUUCGACAUCCGAGGUCCAUAUCUCAAUGGCCCUCGGAGCUAAUGUCAUUGAAACCGAGAUGGAGAAGGCCAUGGAGUCGUUGCGAUCGAUUGGUACCGUCGACGUCAUGAAGGAUAUGGCCAUUCUCUCCCUGGUUGGCAAGCAGAUGAAGAACAUGGUCGGUAUCUCUGGCCGUAUGUUCUCGACGCUUGCCAAGGCUGGGAUUAACAUUGAGAUGAUCUCGCAGGGUGCCUCAGAGAUUAAUAUCUCUUGUGUCAUCCUUGAAAGACAAGCCAUCCAAGCGAUGAAUGUCAUCCACGGCGAGCUCUUGAGCAAUGUUGGCAAGUUGGCCGAGACACCUUCCGAUCUUUGA